AUGUCGCGCCUCACUUUGUUGGUCUUGUGCGCCCUGAUGGCCGCUGUGGCCUCGCAGAUUGACAUGUGCGCUACCUGCACGACGAUGUGCGGGGAUGCUCGCGCCAACUUCAAGAACACGUGGGGCCCGGUGACAGUCAACGAUCUGAAGACGUUCAUGGAGCUCGAUUGCAAGAAUAAGUUCUCAGGUGCCGAGGGUCUCGCCUGCAAGGCUUUCGUCGAUCAGAAAUCCUCCCAGAUGCUCGACGAUUUCAAGGCUGGCCUCACCGAUCAGCAGAUCUGCGUCAAGGGCGGAAUCUGCAAA